CUUUCCGAUAGUUGUUUUGUUCUUUAGUUCUAUUGUGCCAUAUUUCCUUCUGGAAAUACUUAAAAUGAAAAUUUUAAUUGUCGUCGCUACUCUUGCAUUCGCUUCCGCGAUGCCAGGAGAAGAAUCCGUCAUCCAAAAAAGGGGUCUUUUAGAACUAGAGCACGCUCCUGCUCUAUUGCACGCUGCACCAGUCAUCCAGAAAAGCUAUGCCACUCCAAUCGUCCACGCCGGCCCUGUAGUCACCAGAGUGUUUGAAGCUCCUCCAAUCCCAUUGGUCAGAAGCGUCCACGGGCCUAUUAUCACUGGACCUUUGAUUACUAGAGGCAUUGGACCUCAUAUAUUAGGUGCUAAACCCCUUCUUCACGCACCCAUUAUCAAAGCUGCUCCUAUUAUUUCCGCUCCUAUUGUAGCUCACGCUCCUAUUCUUAGUUACGCUCCUAAAAUCGCAGCACCUAUUUCUCUGGGUUACGACCACCAUUGGUAAUAAGCCACAAAAAUAUCUGUUUCUUUUACUAUAGUUUGUACAUAUUCUGUUGUGUUUUUUCUUUUUGUGAUGAUCUUAGAUAAUAAAUAAAAAAAUUCCUGCA